AGAAACUUACAAUUGGUAUCAGAGCAAAAAUCAUCUUAAGGGGCUUGUGAAAGCAAAAUAGAUUUAGAUUUUGGUGAGAAAGAGCAAACACGAGUGCUGGUGAAGGAGAGAAGCUGUGUAAACAAAAAGCACAGCCAUGUCUUCAAACAAUUCUUCAACACUUUCUAAUCUUGCUAUAAGAUGGGUUUCAUCCUCCUUGCUGCCAAACAAUCCAACUGUAGCCCAAAUGAAGCAACAUGCUGAGUAUGUUCAAGCCUCAUACAAAGCCCUCUCAUAUAUUCAUAGUGCUGUAACAGAUGAUAUUUUCUCAAGGAUCAUGGGAGCAGAAACAGCACAAGAAGCAUGGGAUACUCUUAAGAAAGAGUUUGAUGGCAGUUCUAGGGUUAAAGAUAAAUUUGAGUCCAAGAUUUCUACCAUAGAAGAAUCUUGUGACCUCAAAGAGCUAACCAUAACUGAGCUCAGAAGUAAGCUUCAGGCUCAUGAGCAAAGGCUGGCUAUGAAAACUGAUGAAACUACAAAGAGAGCCUUCCUUGCAAGGCAAAAAGGCAAACAACCAACCACUAGUUCUGAAAGCAAUAAGACCAUGGGUUCUAACCAAGCAUAUCAGCAGCAUCAACAAAGUAGAAAAAGGAGUGGAUGCACUAAUCAUAUGGCUCAAGAUGAAAGUCUCUUCAUUGAAAUGGACAAAUCAGUUAUUGCAAAUGUCAAGUUAGGAAAUGGUACUGUGGUUAGAUCACAAGGGAAAGGUACUGUUGUUAUUCAAACUAAAACAGGCUAUGCAACACAAGCAAAAGGCUAUAAGGUGUAUGAUCCCAUAUCCAAGAAGGUGAAUGUGCAUAAAGAUGUUGUUUUUGAUGAGAGUGCACACUGGAAUUGGGAUGCAGGGAAGAUAGAAAAUGGUUCAAACAAGCAGUGUGAAGCUGGUUCAAAAUUAAAAUCAACUGAUGUUGCUUGUAGUUCUGAAAUUGUAGAAGUUGAUGAUGAUUCACUGGUUUUGAAAACCAAGUCACUAGCUGAGAUUUAUGCAAGAUGUAAUUUAGCUUAUGCAGAACCUAAUUGUUUUGAAGAAGCAAGUAAACAACAAGUUUGGAUUGAUGCAAUGAAGGAGGAGUUAUCUAUGAUUGAAAAAAAUGAAACUUGGUGUCUUGUUCCAAAACCAGAUGAUAAGAAGCCUAUUGGAGUGAAGUGGGUGGCAAGACAUGAUACAAUAAGGCCUUUAAUUGCAUUAGUUGCUAAUUUGGGUUGGAAAUUGUUUCAUAUGGAUGUAAAAUCAGCUUUCCUUAAUGGUGUUCUACAAGAGGAAAUUUAUGUUGAACAACUACCUAGGUUUGAGAUUACAAGGAAGGAAGACUGUGUUUAUAAGCUUAACAAGGCUUUGUAUGGUCUAAAACAGGUGCCAAGGGCCUGGUAUUCCAGAAUUGAUGACUACUUGAUGUGUCCAGGCUUCAAGAAGAGCACAGAAGAAGCAACUUUGUAUGUGAAAAGCAACAGUAGCGAAUCUCAGCUUAUUUUGUCACUUUAUGUGGAUGACUUAUUGUUAACCGGAAAUGAUUUGAAGUCGUUGGAACAAUUCAAGAAGGUUAUGAUGCAGGAGUUUGCAAUGACAGAUUUGGGAGAGACAAAGAAUUUUUUGGGACUUGAAGUUCAGCAAUUAAGCAAGGGAAUUUUCAUUUGCCAAAGAAAGUAUGCAUUAGAUAUCUUGAAGAAGUUUGAAAUGGAGAAUUGUAAACCAGUUGCCACUCCACUGGUUCAUUAUGAAAAGCUUUCCAAGGAUGAUCAAGAAACCAAGGUUGAUUCCUUCUACUACCGAAAUUUAAUUGGUAGCCUUCUUUAUUUAACUGCUACAAGACCUGAUUUGAUGUUUGCAGCAAGCUAUUUGUCAAGUAAUCAACAAGGAAGGUUACAGGGGUAUGCUGAUAGUGAUUGGGCAGGUUCUAUGGAGGAUAUGAUAAGCACAACAAGUUAUGUGUUCUCCUUUGGUUCAGGGAGUUUCUCUUGGAAUUCAAAAAAGCAGGAUGUUGUAGCUCAGUCCACAACUGAGGCCAAGUAUUUAGCAGCUAAAGCAGCAGCAAAUCAUGCUAUUUGGCUUAGAAUGGUGCUUGAAGAACUUGGUUUUGAUCAAAUUGAGCCUUGUGUACUCAAGUUUUCUGCAGUUAAGGUCUAUGGUUUCUAGUAGUUUUCUUUUGUAAAACUGAUAUGUACGAGUUGCUUAUAUUUUAGCAACUCUUAUGUCUUGUAAUUUUUAUUUGAAAUGAAAGAGAGUUCCAUAUCAAAGAAGCUCUUGUUCUGAAAGUUUCUGGUUCUGCAUUUUCUGUAUUCUUUUACUUUACUGCAGAAACUUACAAUACUAAAUCAACAGCCUUACA